AUGAUUGCGAAGUUACUACUUCUUGCGCUAUUGUUCGACGGCAGCAUCGGCCUCACUGAAAAAGGACGAAUCGCUCUGACGAAGAUGAUUAAAGGAGAAAGUCUAUCAGCACCUCAAGAUGGGGCGUCUAUUGAGGAGGCGAAUCGUGUGGAAGGAGUCGAUGAGAAACAACUGAGUGCACUCGAGAACGAAAUUGAAAAUCCUAUCCGUGCAAAGCGUCAGAUCUACGAAUUUGCCACUCGAUGGGCGAACAAUAAAGUCUACUACUAUUUCGACGCUACCAUAACCGAAGUCAAUCGAGCCUACGUCAGAACAGUCUUGAAAUACCUCCAGGCUCGUACAUGCAUCAAUUUUAUCGAAGAUGCUACAGCAACGAAUCGCAUAAGGGUGUUCAAUGGAGGCGGCUGUUAUUCGAGUAUAGGAAUGAUUGGGGGUGAACAAGACUUAUCACUAGGUGGCUACUGCAUGGUGGUAGGCACUGUGGCCCAUGAAUUUACGCACGCUCUUGGCUCACUGCACAUGCACAGUCGGAAAGACAGAGACACGUACAUUAAAGUCGACAUGACCAAUGUCAAGGUUAGUUCAUAG